AUGUAUGUCUAUUUAUUUUUAUUAAUUGUGUCGUUUUCAUUCCUUCAUUUUUCUUUUCCAUUUCCGUCCUUUAUACCUUUCUUUCUACGGGUUUCUCUCUGUGUUCUCUUCUUUCUUUCUUUCUUUCUUUCUUUCUUUUCAAUUGUUCCUCUUAGUUUCAAUUUAUUUCUUUUCUCUCUUUUUUCUAUUAAUUUAUCUAUUUUCUUUGUUUUUUUUUCCUUUACAUUUCAUUCAACGUCAUUCAUUUCAUUAUUUUAUAUUUCUACCUAUCUUUAUCCUUAUUUCCUUUUCUCUUUCUCAUUUUUGUCUUUUUCUAUCAAUUUACCUAUUUUCUUUUCUGUGUUUCUUUUUUCCUCCUUUUUUCAUUCCUUUCUUUCUUUUUUCAUUCCUUUCUUUCUUUCUUUCUUUCUUUCUUUCUUUCUUUCUUUCUUUCACAUUGCCGUUGUUUAUCCAUAUGAGUUUCUCUUUCCAUUCCUUUUUCAUAAUAUUCUUUUUCUCUCUUUUAAAAAUCUUUUUUCUUUUUUCACUUUUUACUUUUUUUUAUUUUUUCUUCUAAAAGUCUAUUUCUUUUUUCUUUAUUUUUCUUUUCUUUUUCUUCUUUUAAAAAUAUUUUUUUUUCUUUUCUUGUCUUUUAUGAUUUUCUUUUUUCUUUUUCCUUUUAAAAGUCUUUUCUUUUACUUACUUUCCCAUUUAAAUUUGCGAAUUAUUUUUUUCCUCCACUUUUUAGUUUUGAUUAAUUCAUCUUGUGUUUUACUUCUUCCCUUUUUUUAUUUUAUUUAA